AUGGUCCGUUCAUCGGGAGACGUCGUAUGGUGGACGAAGCGCAUCUCGGCGCUGGCGAGGAGCGGGCGCGCGGCGGAGGCCGUCGCGGAGUUCGCCAGGAUGGACGCGGCGCCGAACGCGCUGACGCUCGCGAGCGUCCUCCCGGCCUGCGCCAGGCUGCGGAGCCUCACGCUGGGGCUGGCCAUCCACGGGUUCUGGCUCCGGCGAGGCGGCGGCCCCGGCGCGAACCCGAUCCUGGACAACGCCGUGCUGGACGUCUACGCCAAGUGCGGGGCCCUCGGCAGCGCGCGCCGCCUGUUCGACGGAAUGCCCGAGCGAGACGUCUUCUCCUGGACCGCGAUGGUGUGGGGGCUCGCGAGGAGCGGCAGCCCGCAGGACGCCGUCGCCAUGUUCCGGGCGAUGCUCUCCGGCGGGGAGGCCGCGCCGAACGAGGCCACCGUGGUCAGCGUCCUGCACGCCGUGGCGUGCACCGGCUCUCUGGCAUGUGGCAAGGUGCUGCACUCGUACGCGCUGAAGCGAGGGCUCGGCGGCGAGCAGGUCGUCGGCAACGCUCUGAUCGACGCCUACGCCAAGUGCGGGGAGGCUCGGCUGGCGUUCCAGGUGUUCGACCUGCUCCCGGACAAGGAGGACCUGGUCUCGUGGGGCACCGUCAUGAGGGCCAUGGCCGUGCACGGCCGGUGCAGGGAGGCGCUGCAGCUCUUCUCUCUGAUGCUGCGCCGCGGGGUUCGGCCGGACGGCGCCGUGUUCCUGGCGUUGCUCUAUGCCUGCUGCCAUGUCGGGCUGGCAGACCAGGCGCUGCACAUCUUGGGCGCCAUGAGGAGGGUGUACGGGAUCGCGCCGUGGAGGGAGCACUACACCUGCGUGCUCGACGCCUGCGGCCGAGCCGGGCAGCUUGACGGAGCUGCAGAAAUCUUCAGGCGGAUGCCUAUGAAACGCGAUCGGCAAGUCCUUGGAGCUUACUGCUCCUAUGCAAGCUCGAGUAAAGUGAACGGCGCCUCCGGCGAACGAUUCUGGGAGAGGUUUCUCCACGGAGAAGUGGACGCCGGAGGGGGCACGUACGCGCUCAUGUCCAAGUCGAUGGCUAGUGCAGGACAAUGGGACGAUGCUUGUGCUGUCAGGGAGACGAUGGCUGCAAGAAGAAUCGAGAAGGCUGCUGCUUGCACUUGGAUUGAAGUGUAA